AAGAGACUGCUUCAGAGUGAGAGAACUAGAGAGUUUGUCUGUCAAAGUGAAAGACAGCUAUAUCAGACAGCCAGAGACAGACCGGACUGAAGACUACAACAGAAGACCAGAAACAGCUGUCUUCCCAAAAAACCAAGACAGCGACUUUAAGAAAGGAAAAGAUUUCCCCAGUUUCUUCAGGACCAGACUCACUCAGCAGAAGCCAAAAUGUGUAAAGGACUAGCAGCCCUGCCCCACACCUGCCUGGAAAGGGCCAAGGAAAUAAAGACCAAACUUGGAACUCUUCUUCAAAAGCCAGAAACUGCCUUUGAUCUAAUUAUCCCAUACCCUGAAAAGCCUGAAAAGACAAUCAAGGCAUCCAAACCACCAGUAGACGAGGCCGCGCAAUGGAAAGAUUCUCUGGAGAAGCUUGUUCAGAACAGCUAUGGGCUUUCUGCCUUCCAGAACUUUCUGAAGAUGGAAUUCAGCGAGGAGAACAUUGAGUUCUGGAUGGCUUGUGAGGAUUACAAAAAGACCAAGACCCCAACCAAGCUGGCUUUAAAGGCUAAGAAAAUCUAUGAAGAAUUCAUCCAAGCAGAGGCUCCCAGAGAGGUCAACAUUGAUCACUUCACCAAAGCUGUGACCAUGAAGAACUUGGUGGAACCAUCACCCUCAAGUUUUGAACUGGCCCAGAAGAAGAUCUUCGCUCUAAUGGAGAAGGACUCUCUGCCCAGAUUUAUCCGCUCAGACAUCUAUCAGGAGCUAGUGAAGUAGCGGUGUGAUGGAGCUGUGCAGGGCACCCCCAGCACACCUUGACUUUCACCCUCUGGUUUGCUGAUCUGUUGUUUCUGCAGUUGCUUUUUCUAAUGGGCUCUUUCAAUUGACUGUUGUUGCCAAUCUGUCCAUUAUUUCACAGAUUAAAGAAAGCCUGCACAACUUCUGCUAGUUAUAAAUAGUACAAAAAAAAUUAUAAAAAGUUAUCCCAUUUAAUUCAUUUACCAAGUUCUUGAUGAUGUGAGAAGUAGUAGAAGAGCAUAUGGAAUGCAAUUAUUGCGGUGGCUUGGUCCGUUCCAUUUAUCGCCCCACCUGCCCCUUGUGGUUUUGAGACAGCACUUUGCACAACAGAUCAU